AUGUCGGACAAUAAUGAAGUGCCGGUGAAGCUCUCAUUACCACUGGACUUCCAGCAAGACAUUUUUCGAGAGCUCCGCGAAGAAGAUGAGCUUAUCAUCAUGGCGCGUGGCCUUGGGCUGCUGCGCAUUGUCACCAAUCUCCUACACUCGUACGAUGCUGCUGGGAACAACCUGAUUGUCGUGGUCGGGGCCGACGACCGAGAGAAUGGAUGGAUUGGAGAAGCGCUGGCAGAGCACGCGGCCAUCAGCGCCUCGCCAAAAUGCCGUGGACUGAGUCUGGUCAACACCGACUUGACAGAUGUUGGGCAGAGAGAGAAGAUGUACAAGCAAGGAGGAAUAUUCUCCGUCACCUCGCGCAUCCUGGUAGUCGAUCUCUUGACCGAGAAUCUCGACCCUGCCAAAAUCACCGGCCUCGUGGUCCUCCAUUCAGAACGCAUCGCUGCAACAUCGCUGGAGGCUUUCAUCGUCCGCGUAUACCGUCAGAAGAACAAGCAAGGCUUCCUCAAGGCUUUCUCGGAUGCUCCGGAGCCCUUCGCUUCUGGCUUCGCUCCUCUGGCCACCAUGAUGCGCAACCUCUUCCUGAGACGACCCUCUUUAUAUCCUCGCUUCCACGUCACCGUCGCAAAGUCUCUUGAAGGUCGUCGGAAAGCAGAAGUCAUCGAGCUCGAGGUGCCCAUGACCGACGGUAUGCGCGACAUCCAGAAUGCCAUCAUGGAGUGUGUCGAAGUCAGCAUUACGGAAUUGAAGAAGGGAAACACUGGCCUGGACAUGGAAGACUGGAACCUUGACAGUGCUUUGCACCGCAAUUUUGACGCCAUUGUCCGCCGCCAACUCGAUCCCGUCUGGCAUCGUACCAACUUCAGGACCCGUCAGAUCGUCCGUGACCUUGCAUUGUUGCGCAAUAUGCUGCACUAUCUUCUCACAUUCGACGCUGUAAGCUUUCUCCGCUAUCUGGACACUGUCUUGGCUGCCUCAUCUCCUCCGCCUGGCUCGAAUCGUCAAAAUCAAUCUCCUUGGCUGUUCUUGGAUGCUGCUCACGUCAUCUUUGACAACGCUAAGCGUCGAGUGUACACUGGUAACAUUAAGGAUAGUCAGAGUAUGAACGCGAAGACUGGUGUUCCUGACUCUCUACGCCCCAUCCUCGAAGAGAUGCCCAAAUGGAACCUCUUGUCCGAGAUCUUGGAAGAAAUUGAGCGUGAUAUGUACUUCAAUCCCUCCUUCCAAGACGAGUCGAAUGGCAGUAUUUUGAUCAUGUGUGGUGAUCAAGGGACUUGUCGUCAGAUCCGUGAGUAUCUGCAGAGCAUGAAUGUCCUCCCAGACAUGGCGUCAGCCACAGACAACCCUGACGAUGCUGAUGCCAGAGGGCCAUCUGGUGCUGCUAUGAUGCGACGGAAGCUCAGAAAUUACUUCCUUUGGAAGCGCGACUUCAACAGAGUCAGCAAUUCGCUCUUUGCGGAGAAUCAGAAGAACAUCAACGGUACGACUGACCAGCGUCAUGGCCAGGCUGGUAGAGGCGGAAGGGGCGGUGGGUCUAACAAACGACGCCGCAUGCGAGGUGGCUCAACGGCCGCUUCUGUCCCUACACGCACAGCAAAUGGCAGUAUACAUGUUGCAGGAGAUAAAGAGUCGCACGUGCAGAGUCUUCUGGCCGAACUUGAGCCUACUGAAGCCGAAGCUCAACAGAAGGCCGAGAUUGGUGCUGACCCUCUGGAUGAUAUGGACGACUUUUACGAACUUUACGACAUGAAGGACUUAUUGAUGGUCCAUCCUUAUGACGGUGAUAUGGACGAACACAUUCUCGAAGAGACCAAACCGAGAUACGUCAUCAUGUACGAACCCGAUGCAGCCUUCAUUCGACGUAUUGAAGUAUAUCGAAGUAGUCACUCCAAUCGCAAUGUUAGAGUCUACUUCAUGUACUAUGGCGGAAGCGUCGAGGAGCAGCGCUACCUGAGUGCAGUGCGUAAAGAGAAAGAUGCGUUCACCAAGCUGAUCCGAGAACGUGGCUCGAUGGCGGUUACCCUCACGCACGAUCCUGCUGGGCUGGACCCGCAGGAGUCGUUCUUGCGAACAGUCAAUACUCGUAUCGCAGGUGGUGGUCGACUUGUGGCUACCGCAGAGCCGCCUAGGGUUGUCAUUGAUGUUCGAGAGUUCCGUUCGUCUCUACCAUCGCUACUACAUGGAAGGAACAUGGUCAUCGUACCAUGUACUCUGACCGUUGGCGAUUACGUCUUGACGCCAGAGAUCUGUAUCGAGAGAAAGUCGAUCAAGGAUCUGAUCCAGUCUUUCCAAAAUGGUCGUCUCUAUCAUCAGGCCGAAACUAUGCAACAGCAUUACAAGAGCCCAAUGCUCCUGAUCGAGUUUGAUGCACAAAAGUCCUUCACGUUAGAGCCCUUCGCAGAUCUAUCAGCUGGCGUGGGAUCCGGUUCUUUGCAAGCAUCUGACCUGCAAUCGAAGCUUGUCCUGCUAACCUUAGCAUUUCCACGUCUACGCAUCAUCUGGUCAUCAUCACCAUAUCAAACUGCUGAGAUCUUUGAAGAACUCAAAAAGCAACAAGAAGAGCCUGACCCGAUAAAAGCUGUAAAUAUUGGUCUGGAGGAGAGCGACAUGGAUGGUCAAGAGAGGACAUUCAACCAGCUACCACAGGAUAUGCUUCGUGCUGUACCCGGAGUCAACCCAAAGAACUUGAACAAUCUGAUUCUCAAGUAUGAGAACGUGGCUGAGGUUGCCAAUGCGGAUGAAGACGAACUGACGGCACUGAUCGGAAAGGAAGCAGGAAGACAGAUUUUCCGCUUCUUCAACCGUAGUGUGUUUGACGAUUAA